AUGGCUGCAAUCUCUCCGAUCUCCUUCCUCUUCUCCAUCAUCAUCCUCCUAAUCGCGCCAAUCCCAUCCACGGGACUCGCCUACGACCGCUCCGCACAACACUUCAUCGUCGGAUCCCUCCGCCACCGCUCGAUCCACUCUGUCUCCGAUGCUGGCGUCGUAGACACCCUCAUCACCGACCUCUCCCUCCCUCCCAACGCCUCGAUCCUCGGCCUGGCGGUCGAUUCCGUCAACAACCGCCUCCUUGCCGCCGUCCACUCCAUGGCCCCGCUCCCAAUCUUCAACGCCUUAGCCGCCUACGACCUCCGCACCCGCCAGCAGCUCUUCCUCUCCCUCCUCCCCGACGGCGGAGCCACCGGCCGCCCCGUCGCGAACGCGGUGGCCGUCGACUUCAAGGGCAACGCGUACGUCACCAAUUCCUUGGGAACCGAGGAAGGUAACUUCAUCUGGAAAGUAGAUUCGGAAGGAAACGCGUCGAUCUUCUCUAGAUCGGAUAAAUUCACCGAAUCCCCCGUCGACCACGACCUGUCGUACAGCGAAUCGGGGCUCAACGGCGUGGCCUACGUCAGCAAGGGGUACCUUCUCGUGGUGCAGAGCAACACCGGGAAGGUGUUCAAGGUCGAUGAGGUCACCGGGGGAGCGAGGCGGGUGAUCCUGCCGGCGGAUCUGAUGUACGCCGACGGGAUCGCGGUGAGGAGGCGGGACGGGGCCGCGCUGUUCCCCUGGAGGUCGAGGUGGCGGAGGUCGGGGAGGUCGGCGAGAGCGGGCGGGAUGGGGCCUUGGAGGAGGUUCUGGGAGAGGUCGAGGAAGCGGAGGGUGCGGCAGGCGGAGAUGGCAGCGCCGGGGAGGGAGGAGUUGAUGGAGUUGUUGAAGAGGGAGAGGGAGGAAGCGCCCUUUAUUUCUAAUAAGCUUUUGCGUGCGCAAGCGUUCCGCGAGUUGUCAGAAGUCGGAGCAAUAUACGGCCGGGAAAUCCCCGCCAUCCUCCGCUGCGGUAAAACUCAAACGCCGCCGCGAGAAUCCAAAUCGUGGCCUCCUUCCCAUAACUUUCUUAUACGAUUCAUUCAAUCCAGGGAGAAGGCUUCCAUGGCUGGGUUCGAAUCGUCAGCGUUAUGUAUCAAUGACGUUCUGUCACACCAUUUACUGGUAGAAGUUCUGGUUCGCAUUCCUUUGAAAGAUGUGUUUCGCUGUAUGUCUGUUUGCAAGUUCUGGUUCUCUUCCAUUCGGGAUGAUCCAUAUUUCAAAAGACGCUUCAUUCGCAAGAGGGUUACGGAGCAGGCCUCUUCCAGUGCGGAGGAUCAGCAGCUGGUUUACGCACAGUGCAGCAUCAGGGAAAUGGUUCUGGUAACUCCCACCUGCAGCAUCGUUAAUGGUUCUGACUUAUCUUUGAAUUUGCUGCCGUUCAUUGCUGGCCAGGAUUAUUACAGUAGUACCUUAUACCGUGUGGUUUUGGGAUCUUCCAAUGGCUUGCUCUUGUGCUCCCCUUAUAAGACCAUGCCUGCCACAUACUACAUUUGCAACCCGCUCACUAAGGAGUGGCUUACCCUUCCACCAUCUCCUCAUAAGGACAGUCCUGAUGUUUAUGUUGGUUUUAUCUGUGAUCCAUUCUACCUCGUGCAAGGUGAUGAUAGCUUGAUCACUUUGAAUGAUGGAUUUGGUUUCAAGGUUGUACGUUGGCGUUACUCUAGUAGUGACGAGGAUGAGGAAGAAGAUCUCUUUGGGAUGGAUGUGGAAGUAUUCUCAUCUGACGUGGGACUUUGGACUACAUCAAGGGCCCGAUGCGUGAAAGGUGUUACCUCUACGGCUCUACCAGCCCUGGGAACGGGGAUUUCAUACGAUGGAAGGCUCUAUUGGCUGCUCGGAAGAUGUGAGACUUUGAUCUAUGAUCCCAACAAGAAAGAGUUUUUUCUCCACCACAUUACUCCUCCUUCGGAUGUAUUGUGCAUGAUUCCUUUGGUGCUUUCGCUUAUGGUGCCUUUUCAAGGGCUUAGCCAGUGUCAAGGUUCAUUUUGGGCAGGACAAGCUUGGCGUGCGGAACUGAGAGUAUACACACUGGCAGAUGGUGAAUGGCAUCUCAAGCAUAAUGUCAAUAUCCUUGAUUGGUUGCCUUCCAGUGCAAAUUCGGUCAAGAACACGAUGAAGAUUCUUCCGAACGCUGUUCAAUUCCGGACUAUGCAUCCAUAUGAUCCCAUGAUAGCCUAUUUGACUGUGGAAACGACGUUACUGGAGUGUGACUUUGGGGGCAGGACACUGAAAGUGGUAGCCGAGAAUUUGGGCAAGAACAAGGAGGGCAGGGGUCUGAUGUGGUCCAAUGUGCUGACAUUGUCUCUUCCACUUUGGCCGACCCCUCUUCCUACUCUUCCUGCUGCUUAA